AUGGAUCUCCGUCUAAUAGGAGGGGAGAGGAUCAUCCGAGGAUUCCUGAGUGCCAUAGGAUUUGGGGUGGCAUCAUCCGGAUGGAAUCCUUGGGUUCGACUCUACAGCGGGUUCGUCACCGUCCUUCAGCUCGCCAUUAUUCUGCGGACCUUCCGUUUGAUAAUUGAGCAAUUAUUAUAUGGCCUCUCGGAUUUCUACCUCUCCAUUUUCAUCUACGUCGAUCUCCUGACUCAAGUUUUCAUUUUCAUUCUUUCCCUGGGUGACCUCCGCUUGCAACGCAGAAUCACUUCUUUGCUGGAAGAUGCUCGAGGCAUUCAAGCAUUUGCCUCAUCUGUGAAAAUAACGACAUUGAAUCGACGUCAACACCUUUUCGCCGUUGGUGUAGUGAUCGUCUUUGUCAUCGUCAGCAUCCUAUUUGCCGUAUUUGAACAUUUCUCCGAGAAAUCUCAGAAUUCGGGUUGGUCAGCAAUAUAUGAUGCCGUGCUCCUCAUGAUUUCCAUGAGAUUCAUGGUAGCACCCACUCUACUACUCAUUUUCCUAUUACAAUUCGCGGCAGAAAAGUUCACAGAGAUUAACAGAGGGUUCCAGGAUUCCGACACACCCGAUAUAGUCCCUCUGAUGAAGCUCCACUUCAAGUUGGCAGAGUUCGUCGACGGACUCUCGGAGGCUUUCAACGUCUAUUUAGUCGUUUUGACUGCGUUUUGUUUCAUGUUCUUCACCUCGAACUUCCUGGUGGUGAUCUUUGGUGGAAUUAUCAUCGCCCUCCGAGCAUGCGGAUUUCAGACCGCCCUCGCCUUAAGCCUUCUCUAUGCAGUGGUUUCGUGGGGACAAAGCGUGAGCAACAGGGCGAAUAUGUCCACCAAACUCGCAAGGCGGUUGGAAAUGGAUGACCUUGACGGACGCUCGAGGAAACAACUUCAAUUGUUCCUUUCGUCUCUUGCCUGUUCGCCCGUGAAGCUGUCCGCUUGCGACUUCUUCACCAUUGACAAGCGAAUGUUUCUCUCGGUGUUUGCAGCGGUGUUAGCUUACAUCAUCUUAUUCAUCCAGUUUGUCACUCCUGGUAACAUUUCUUAA